AUGUCAACGAGCGCAAAAGGCCCAGAAUCCGGAGAUGGCGGGAUUCCCGGUGAUCCUCGUACGGCGAAGAGCAAAUUUCUUGAGACCGGCGCGUCAAUGAUCCAAGACUUUACCCCAGUCAAGCAGAUAUGCGCUCAUCUGAAUGCAUUCCAUGUCUACGCCGACGACCCAACUCGAUGCGUCGAGGCCAACCAUUACUGUACGCAUUUAACAGAGGAUGUCCGACAAUGCCUGAUCUACGACUCCCCCAAGUCCAACGCUCGUUUGAUCGGCGUCGAGUACAUGGUCUCUCCACGCAUAUUCGCAACUCUUCCACAAGAAGAGCGCAAGCUAUGGCAUACACAUGAGUUCGAAGUCAAGAGCGGCAUGCUCAUCAUGCCAGUCCCGGCAGGUGUACCCGACGCCGCAUGGGAGGCCGCUGAGACAGCUGAGAUGAGGGAUAUUGUUCCGAUAUAUGGAAAGACCUAUCAUUUCUGGCAGGUAGACCGUGGAGAUCCAGUGCCAAUGGGACCGCCGCAGUUGAUGGGUAGCUUCACGACAGCUGAAAGUGUGAAGUUGGCGCAUAAGGGGGGCUUGGAUGGAUUACUUAAAGAUCGGAAUGAGAGAUUCGGCGUGGAUCAUCAUCAGAAGGCCAAGAAGCGAGAGGAUAUUCCAGCGGUUGAGAUACAUCCUGAUGCCCUGCCAUGA